UAGAGUAGCCUACCAUUCAUUCCCACAUUCCCAUUUUUCACACCACCAACACAAGAUGUUUCUCCACAUUGUGUUCCUCCUUUUCCUUCUCUCAUCCACUUCCCAUGCCACUGUCCAAGACUUCUGUGUGGCAGACCUCAAAGGUGCAGACACCCCUGCAGGCUACCCCUGCAAGCCACCUGCUAAUGUCACUUCAGAUGACUUUGUGUACACUGGCUUAGCUGAAGCUGCAAAUGUCACAAACAUAAUCAAUGCUGCUGUGACCCCAGCUUUUGUUGCUCAAUUCCCAGGUCUCAAUGGCCUUGAACUAUCUGCAGCAAGGUUGGACCUUGGUCCUAGUGGUGUUAUCCCACUCCACACUCAUCCAGGUGCCAAUGAACUACUCAUUGUGCUUCAAGGUCACAUCCUUGCUGGAUUCAUAUCUUCAGGUAACAUAGUUUAUCAGAAGGUGCUGAAAAAGGGAGAGCUCAUGGUUUUCCCACAAGGGCUGUUGCACUUCCAAAUUGCUGUUGGUAAGAGAAAGGCCCUUGCUUUUCCUGUUUUCAGCAGUGCAAACCCUGGCCUCCAAAUCCUUGACUUUGCACUGUUUGCCAGCAACUUCUCCACUCCUUUGGUGACACAGACCACUUUCCUUGAUCCUGACCUAGUGAAGAAGCUUAAGGGUGUUCUUGGGGGUAGUGGCUAGGCUAGCCUUAUGGUUAAUUAAUAAUUGCUUAUUAUUUUGCUCAAUUCAUUACUUUUGUGCUUUCAAUUCGCUAAACUUGUCCAGCUCAAUUGACUGAGCUACGUGAGUGACUAGUUUUAAAUCCUUUAAUAUUUAUGUUUGAUUCUUACGUAUAAAAAAAUAAAUUCAUUAGACUUGUCCAGGUCUCAUGGUCAUUGAAUUGCUCGUGUUAAUGUGAAGUAAUUUAAUAAACUCUCGUGCUUGAUUUUUGUUUUCCA